UCCUGGUUAUGCAGGGAGUUAAAUUGGUCUCAGAGGCAGAGCAAUGCCAUGGGCUGCUGCAGGUUCCUACAUGCUUGGCGGGGCAGGGCUGCCGCCCUUCGGAUGUGACUCAUUCUCCAAGCUUAUUCUGCUCCUCCCGCCUGCUCUGCUUGUGCCUCCUCCCUCAUCCCAGCUUCCCACCAGGACUUUUCCACCAUCGCCAUCGAGGUGAAGCCGCUCCAGUGCAUCCCACACCCAUCCGAGGGGAAAGGGAAUCUGAGCUGUCCCCCUUGCCUAGCCCUGCAUGGACACCCCAGGGCAGGAUGGAGCUGAAGCACCGCCAGAGGGAUGCCCAUUGGCAGAGGCACCACCGGAGGGAUGUCCAGCAGCUGAGGUGGUGGAGAGGGCCUUGUGGGACCAGCGCCCCGCAGGGCAGUGGACAGUGGCGGAGGUGGGCACCUGGCUGGCAGCGCGGAGUGGAGCUGAGGAGCUGGCGGAUCUGGCCUGGGAGCACGCGGUGUCUGGCCGGGCCCUGCUGCGGCUGACGGAGGGGAGCCUGCGGCGCAUGGGGGUGACACCACGGAGCCGGCGCCGGGAGCUGCUGAGGGAGCUACUGCAGCUGCGGCUGCAGCAGGAGCUUGAGGAGUUGCUGAGCAUCGCUGGCGAGUGAAGAUGAUGUCUCUGUGUGUGUCCCGGAGCCUGCGGGAGGAGAGGUGACGCCAAAGGAGGACAAAGCAGUGACUGGAACUGAGCACUGAAUGCAGGUGAUCUGCCAGAGGAAGCCAGAAGUCACCAAGGAAGGUUCCCCCAAGGAAGCCCAGAACUGACUGGUGCUGGUCAGCAGAGGUGGCCACCAGGUACAAACUGAGAGUGGCUGCCCCUCACACUGCUGCCAGCUCCCGACGGGUCCCACCGUCUCUGGCCAGCUGGGGGGAACCCUACUGAACCUGCAGCGUCCCCAGGUCCUGCUGCAAUCCAGGUGCAGCCCUGCUCCAAGAGACUCUCAAGGCACAGCACUGUCCGUCUGUCUGUCCGUGGGGCAGAGGGGCUGGUGUGGGGUGGUGAGUUCCCAAAUUGCUGUACUGGGGAAAUCCUUUGCCUUGGUGCCCAGGAUGGUCGGGACGAAUGCAGAGCAGAGUUGGCCAGCCUGAAUAAAUACCUUCCCAGUGAUGACAAUGUGUCCCUGCUCCCAAACUUUCAGGAGAGCAGUGCUGCUGUCCUGUGGCUACACCAGCCAAUGGUGGCCUUCUGGGUGACAUCCAUUCUCUAAAUGAGCCCCAACUACCCCUGCUCUGCCCACCCCAGGGAGGAUUAAAGGAGCAGCCAAAAAGAUCAAAUCGAGACUAAGGAGCUGCAAGAUCUGCACACUUUUUUUUGUGCACUUUUCCAUUAAAACCAGUCACGUCUGGCCCCUUCCCUGCUGCCCUGUGCAGGCUGCAAGCUCUUGAGGAUGCUGGCUAAUGGUUUUGGAGACUGUCUCCUACUUCCCUGGUUUGUUCAAGGGACCUUGCUGACUUGAGAAUGAAUGAUGAGCAGCUAUCCCCAUCCCUUGCAUCUCCUGUAGGUCUGGCUGCCCUCCACUCUUCCCCGCAGAGGCAGGAAAAGGCACUGGGCAUCUCCCUCCCCUCUGCAGAACCUGCUGGCUGCUCAUUUCCCUGCUCCUUGCUGCAGCCUCAAGCUCCCCUAUAUCCACCUCCUGCUUCAGGGUGCUGUGCCGAUAGGGCUCCCUUGUGCAAUUCCAUCCCAAUAACAGGGGGCUGACAUCUCCCCUGGGCCAGGGAAAAAGGGCAAUGCACAUGCGUAGGAGCUCCCUCAUGGAUCACAAUGGUUUGGAUGCCAAGGGACCUUGAAGCCCAUCCGGUUCCAACCUCCUGCCACGGGCAGGGACACCUCCCACUGGAUCAGGUUGCUUAAAGCCUUGAACACCUCCAGGGUUGGGGUAUCCACCACUUCUCUGGACAACCUGGGCCUUCUACCGUCACAGGAAAACAUUUCUUCCUAAGAUCUCAUCUCAAUCUUCCCUCUUGCAGCUGAAAACCAUCCCCCCUCAUCCUAUUCCUGCACUCCCUAACCAAGAGCCCCUCCCCGGCUUUCCUGUAGGCUGCUUUCAGUACUGUGAGGCUGCUCUAAGGUCUCCCUGCAGCCUUCUCUUCUCCAGGCUGAACAACCCCAACUCUUUCAGGCUGCCCUUGGAUGGGAGGUGCUCCAGCUUUCGGAUCAUCUCUGUGGCCUCCUCUGGACUCGCUCCAACAGAUCCAUGUCCUUCCUGUGCUGAGGACUCCAGAGCUGGACACAGUAAUGAUGUUGAGACUGCUUCCUUGUUAAUUGCUGAUGGGGGAGACUGUGGGUCUGCAGCCUUGACCUGAGGGCAGGCAAACAGCACUUUCCUCUCUGUUGUCCUGGGCUGCUGCUCCUUGCUUAGACUCCAGGCAGCUUCAAAAAUGAUUCCCUUUUGUUCUCCUGGCUUGUGCUUGGCCCGACUGCCUCUGUUUCUUAGAAGUCAGAGCCUUUCUUGGAGUGGGCUCAGGCAACUCCUGAAACUGAAACUGCUCUUCAGGCUGCUGCGCUAUCAAGCAAAACGCCUCACUUCUCUCUUCUCAGGGCAGGACUUCAUCCUCCAUGAAGCACAGAAUUGUUGAGGUUGGAAAAGAUCUUUAAGAUCAUCGAGUCCAACCAUUAACCUCAGACUGCCAACCCCACCACUAAAGCCUGUCCUUAAGCAUCACAUCUACACGGCCUUUAAAACCCUCGAGUCAUGGGGACUCCAACACUGCCCUGGGCAGCCUCUGCCAGGGCUUGACAACCCUUUCCCUGAAGGAAUAUUUCCCAAUAUCCAAUCUAAACCUCCCCUGGUGCAACUUGAGGCCAUUUCCUCUCAUCCUAUCAUUUGUUACUUGGGAGAAGAGAUAAACAUCUGCCUGGCUCCAACCUCCUUUCUGGGAGCUGCAGAGAGCAAUGGGGUCCCCCUUCAGCCUCCUUUUCUCCAGGCUAAACAUCCCCAGGUCCCUCGGCUGCUCCCAGAACCCCUGGGCUCCAUACCCAUGCCCAGUUUUGGUCCCCUCUGGAAGUUUAAUGUGACUGUUUUGCUAAUCCCCUUCUUCAUCUCACCUAGAACUGAAAACCCUAUCAUCUCACAAUCGCUUUGUCCCAGGCAUCCUCCAACCAUCACAUGCCCCACAAGGCCUUUUCUGAUCACAAACAGCAGGUCCAGGAGGGCACCAUAUCUUCAUUAAUGACAUGGAUAGUGGGAUCAUGUGUACCCUCAGCAAGUCUGUAGACAACACCAAGCUGAGUGGUGCUUUUGACAGGUCUGAGGGACAGGAGGAUCUCCGUAGGGACCUGGGCAGUCUGGAGACGUGAGGGUGUGUGAACCUCAUGAGGUUCAACAAGGCCAAGUGCAAGGUCCUGCACCUGGGUUGGGGCAAUCCGCAACAUCAGUACAGGCUGGGGGAUGGAUUGCGAUUGGGAGCAGCCCUGAGGAGAAGGGCUUGGGGUGCUGGGGGAUAAGAAGCUCAACAUGAGCCGGCAACGGGCGCUCGCAGCCCAGAAAACAACUGUGUCCUGGGCUGCAUCUAAAGCAAUGAGACCA